AUGUUACUCCAGAUCCUUGUCAUCAGCGCGCUUCUAACCAGUCAGUCGAAGGGAUUCGAUGGGUCUUCAACAGCUCAGGAGUCCCUAGUGGACGUGGAUCUCGGGUUAGAUGGUGUGGAGGAGGGCUUAGGAGUGAGGAAACGGGUCAUGCUGCUACCACUGACGGGGAACGGUGCAACCGAGCGUUUGAGACGCCUUAUCUACGAAGUGGUGCAUUGUAUGCGACCCUGUCUCAACAAUGGCAUCAUGAUUCUUCCACGAAAUACUGUCGAUGUCUGCAGAUGCAUCUGCCCACCCAGUCACUAUGGUAUCGCCUGCGAGUACGAGAUCAGUGUUGCCAUCAGAUCAUAUGUAAACUUUCGCAAUGCUCUCCCACAAACAGCUUUAGUUCAUGACCUUUAUGCAAUAGUGGAGGAACAAAUAUUCUCCUUGCUCUUGUAUCCCUCAUGUGGGACGGCUAGCGGAGUACGAAAUGAUCGCAUCUGGGGGGUAUGCGACGACUUCUCUCCGACAUGUCGAGUGAAGGUAGUCGCGGUGUCCUUCCGCGCAAAGGAGGUUACGACAUCACUCCCCACGCCAUGCAUUGUGGGCAGAUGUGUGCGUCCGUGGGAGUGGGGUCACGCUGACAUGGCAGCUCUUCUUGUGCCCAAAGUGAUAAAUGGUGGUAUCGCAGGAAUUGUCGGUGUUUCAUGCGUAUUUCCCAUCGAUUUGGUGAAAACACGACUACAGAAUCAGCAAAAAGGCGUAAUAAUGUAUAAGAAUAUCCUCGAUUGCGCAAGAAAAACCUAUCGGUCUGACGGAUUUUUUGGAAUGUAUAGAGGAUCUGGCGUUAAUCUACUUCUCAUCACCCCCGAAAAGGCCAUCAAACUGGUUGGCAAUGAUUUUUUCCGAUAUCAUUUGAAGACAGAAGGGGUCCCUCUCACGCCAAUUCGAGAAAUGAUUGCUGGUGGUGGCGCCGGUUUGUGCCAAAUUAUCGUUACAACUCCCAUGGAACUGCUUAAAAUCCAAAUGCAGGAUGCCGGCCGAACACGUGGUGGAACCGCCGCCCCGGUAGCCUCAGCUAAUGCUACUGUGGUGACAGCCAAACGCCUCUCCGCCACUCGUCUAGCGCUAGAUCUUGUUCGACAGAAGGGCAUCUUCGGUCUCUACAAGGGUGUGGGAGCUACGGCACUUCGAGACAUCACCUUCUCCAUCAUGUAUUUUCCCCUCUUCGCACAUUUAGACAACCUGGGUCCACGUAGAAGUGACGGUACAGGAACGGUUUUCUACUGGUCCUUCCUCUCUGGAUGUACGGCUAGCACGGUGGCAGCCUUUCUGGUGACUCCCGUGGAUGUGGUGAAGACCCGUCUACAGACCCUGUCACAUCUGAAGGGUGAGAUGCAAUUCACGGGCAUCGCGGACUGCUUCUACCGCACCUUCCAACGGGAGGGUUUGAAAGCCCUGUUCAAGGGCGCCGGCUGUCGUGUCAUGGUGAUGGCACCUCUUUUCGGCAUCGCGCAAACCGUCUACUACCUUGGAGUGGCCGAAUUUCUACUCACCCGUGCGUCAUGCUCCGAGCGUUCAAGCCUUCAAUCGAUUUGUUGUCAUCCGUCGCGCACUUCAAGGCAUGGCGUCGAUUUAAAACCGUCCAACACCAGAUCCAUGCCUUUGUACCUUCUCUUUCACUCCUUUGUGCUUAUCACCUCCCUCGUGGAGGCUAUUUCAACGAGUGAUCGAGAGAUGCUCACCUUCCUCCACGUCUCGGCUCGUGUGGGUGUGCAGCCACCUGCCGUUAACAUGCGCCCACUGCUCUGGUCUUCCGAGUUGGAAAAGCAUGCUCGGUUCUGGGCCAAAAGGUGCUCCUGGGGCUUCCCCGAUCCAGCUAUCCCAGAGGAGAAACCUCUAUUUUAUGUGGGCAUCAAUAUCGCGAUGAUAUCUACCGAAGGUUUGCGUGAUUUGAACGAGGCACCGCCUUCCAUAGAGACUUUCUUUAACCUGUGGGACAUUAACAGAUACAACUUCGACUUUGAGUUGAAUAUCUGCAGAGGGGGCUAUUGUGGCCAGUAUAGGCAGAUUAUUUGGGCUGAUACAGAGUACCUCGGAUGUGAGAGGAGUGUCUGUGAUCAGGGGGUAAAACGUCACGUGCUUGUUUGUUGUUACUACCCCUCGGGUAAUUACUCGGAGCUCCAACCCUACCAACAUUUGGAAAGUGAGGGUGAUUUUCCGCUGGAUGAGGAACCGUGGAUUAUGCGACCGUAUGAGGAGACUUUCACCUGGGUCUUGGAUUCCUUCAUGGCCAAUUCACCUUCUGCGCUCGUUUUGAUGUGCUUUUUAGCUUUUCUGCUCUUUUAA